CAAAAACCCACCCGCGGAGAGGGCGCAAAAUGCACCACACACACACACACCGAAAAAGGGCCAACAGUCCGCAAGGACACACUCCGCGCGGAAACCGUGGAAACUCGGCAACCCAUGCGCUCGCCGUCGACGCAUGUCCGUAGAGUGCGAGCGUCCGAACUCGCGAGUGCACACGAGAGCGACCACUUCGUAUGGGCAGCUUCCUGGAGGUGCGUUUGCCGUACGCCAGCCAUCGGAUGCUCGGAUUUCAGUCCUCGGCUGACUGUCAACCGUGCUGGACGCUUUGCUUCGUUCGCGGGUGAUAACGGCACUCUUCAAGAAGGGACAGCUUUCUUUAGCCUCCUCAAGUCGGUGGACGACAGCGUUGGUGGACGGAAAAAAAGGGAAGAUUCGUAAUUUGGCAAGAUUCCUUUUAGUGUGUGUGUGUGUGUGGCACAGGCACAGGAACUGCUGCCCAGCCUUCCGCUGCCAGCAGUGAGGGUGGGAUCAGUGUUGCUGCGUCGGUGGCGUUGUCUUCUUGUAUGUGCGGUGUAUUUUCAUUGCAGUGAAGUGAAAAUUUGGUUCGCGUUCGCGUGGCACAACUGGCCACUGAAGUGUGACGAGCUAAGUCGAUAAAUUAGUGUCAAAUCAAUCAGUGGAGAAAGCGGGAAACACACCCGCCCGCAAGUGCUCGAUCAAACUCGCAGCGGCACUUUGCUUAGUAGGCUGGAUGGUUGUUUUUCCCCGCUCUCUUUUUUUCGUUUUGUCAAAACCCGAGUUGAUGGAUUUUGCUGAAGGCUUGUUGUGACACUCGCAGAGACGCAGCGAGCAAAACCAGGUCGUCGUAGAAGGCGGUGUGCAUUUGGUCGAGUAAAAAUUUCACCCCGCGCGGACACAAACAGCGAGGAGCAAACUGGACGGUGUGGUCCUGGUGGCUAGUUCGUGCAAAGUGAAGUAGGUAGGUGGUUGUUGGCGUCGUCAUCGUCGUCGUCGGGUGGACUUGCUCAACUUUGAAGGGCGUUCUUCAUUGUUAUUCAUCGUCUUCUUCGUUGUACAGCAGCGCGCACCACCACUACCCAAAGGAGCGCGAGCGACGACGUUGGCCAUCGGCCGUCGCAAGUGUAAGUCUACAUUACAGAAUGCGAAGACUAUGUGGUCCCUGGUCGAAGUUGUAGUGAUUGACUACCUAUUGAACAAGCUCCAAUUGGACCAUCCGGGCUUUAUUCUACUCUUACAUCACAAAUAGUCUACUAAUCAGACGCCAGCCGUUGUUUGCGAGCCAAACGAAACCAUAAGUGAAGUGGUUCGUGGGUGUCUGGCCGAACCGUACUCGCUCUCUGUCUCGCUCGCGGACUCGGACAAGAGGACCGCUUCGCUGGGUGCAGCACCCAACCCUUCCACUCCCGCAGACUCGGAGCAGCUGGGAAAUCGAAACGAAAAACUACAACUCCCGUAUUUACGGAUGUGAGCGGUGUGUGCAGUGCGCCUUUCUGACCACGGAUGAUCGUGUGUGUCCUGUCGUGACCGAGCGGCCGAAGGAGUGAGAGAGAAAGUGUUCCUGUGUGUGUAUGUGUGUACAGCUUGUGUGUGUGUGUGAAAGUAGAGAAAGUUUACCGAGCGCAAACACACAGCCCGUGUAGGGAAUCGUUCGAAUUUUAGAUCAACAUAUUGGCUGCCAGGUGAUCACGGAAGCCCGAGCCACGGAGGGACGAAAGCUUUGCCGUGGAACGGGAUGAAUUAGUGCAAACGGUUUCGUACGAAGUGGAUUGGUUUUUGCGAUUCGAUUGGAUUCGGAAUUGAAUUUCGAGACUCUGGAAGAUAGCAAAAAAAAAAAGCAAAGCGGGCGGUGUGUACAACCGGAAGCUACCAUCACCACACCGCACACGGUCGGUGAAAAGUGUGACAAAAAUCAACCAAAGCAUCACAACUGCAUACUGCUUUUCCGUUCCAACGCGAGCGGGUGGGUGGUUGGGCACGGUGCAGGUUUAACAUACCGGAAUCGAUGUCAACAUCCACCGUGCCGCCGGCGGGGCUGGGGCCAGCGAAGAUGGGUGGCGGCGCCAGUGACCGGAAGCGUCCGGCAGCUGCACCGAUGCACGCCGGGCUGAAAAUAUGUAAAAUUGAAAUCGGAAAAUGUUUGCUUUUCGUCACGCUGCUAACGAGUGUUUGCUUUCAAGGCGCCCGCGCCGACGAGGGCGAUGCUGGGGCGACCCCGGCCGAUCCGCAUCCGCCGCCAACGAACGAACCCGAAACGUCGACCGGUUGCCCACCGCCGGAUUUAAAAAUUUCCCGACCCCGCAAACAGUACGCUACCACCGAGCCGCCGUUCGUCACGUUCGAGACGACGCAGAUCUAUCUGCCGCAAGAUUUCACCACCGCCGACUUUGAGCUGGUCGAGGCGGGCAAGUCGGGUACGAACGCACUGCGCAGCCAUGCCGAGCCCGGUGGCCAGAGUGGGUCCUCCUCCUCCUCCCUGCACGGCGGCGGCUCGCACGACACGUCCUUCUGGUGGGAGCUGGGC